AUGCUCAUACACUUCUUCUGGAAACAGCUAACAGGGACAGGAAACAUUGGCAACGCAAAGACUGCCGGUCUCGAUACUGAUCUUGGUCUCAGUGACUAUCAGUGGUCCUGGGUUUUAUAUGCAUUCUACAUUUGCUACAUUGUCUUCGAAUGUUGGGGAGCAGCGGCCAUGUGUAGCGGCGCAGUCAACACAUUUGCCCAGCUCCUCGCCACACGCUCAUUGCUGGGUGUCUUUGAAGCCGUGUUUGGCUGUGGAGCUCCCUACUUUCUCUCGCUCUUCUACCAACGAAAGGAAUUAGGACUCAGAGUCUCUCUUCUUCUCGGCAUGUCGCCAGUCGCCAACUGCUUUGCCUCAGCCUUGGCAUAUGGUAUCACUCAUAUCAAAGACUCAUUAGAGCCGUGGAGAUACCUUUUCAUAAUCGAGGGUGCUCCAACUGUGCUAUUCUCGGUGGUAGUAUACUUCUACCUCCCCGACUCCCCAGGAACAGCCAAAUUCCUCACAGAAACAGAGCAAACCGAAGCCGUAGAGCGGCUCCACGAAGUCGAUACAACAGCGAAGAACAAAGUGCGGUGGUCUCAAGUGCUCAGCGGUCUAAAAGACUACAAGAACUGGAUCCACAUGUCCAUUCACUUCUGCUGCAACUACUCUUUCGCCGGACUGUCGAAUUUCCUCCCCUCGAUCAUAAAAGCCAUGGGAUACACGUCCAUCAACGCACAGGGUCUGUCCGCACCCCCAUACCUAGUAUCAUUCCUCUGCUGCGUCGCGGCAGCAUUCCUAUCGGAUCGAAUCGCCAAUCGCGGAGGCUUGAUUACCUUUUUUGCAAUCCUCGGCACAGCAGGAUACCUCAUGUUGACAUGUUUGGAUGAAACGAAGAACUCGGCGCGAUAUGCAGGCAUCUGGCUUGCUACGUGUGGUAUUUUCCCCGCUCUGGCACUGAAUAUUACUUGGCUGCUUAACAAUCAGGGAGGAGAGAGUAAGAAAGGAGCAGGGAUGGCAAUUCUGGCCGUUUUUGGUCAAACAUCCAGUCUGGUCAGUAGUUCUGUGUUUCCGGAUGCUGAUGCGCCGCUGUAUACGAAAGGUUGUGCGAUUGGGAGUGCGUUGACGGGUUGUAUUGCUCUUCUUGCGGUUGGGUUGAGUGUCAGUUUGAUUAGGGAGAAUCGGAGGAGGGAUCGAUUAUAUGGGACUGUUCAUGAUGAGAGGGUUGAUGUUACUGAUGGGGACUCCAAUGUCAAGUUUAGGUAUUUGAUUUGA